UCUCCCCCCUAUCUCCCUCCUCUCUCACCCCUCCCUCCCUCUGUCUCAGGGCUCUUUGAGCAGGCUCUACACGGACCCCUUGAAACAGUGACAUUGUAAUGGAGACCUGAGGGAAUGUGGGACAGACCGCUAACAUAACACACCUUAACUAUUAACUCUCUCUCACUUUUACAGUACCAUAACAUACCUUAACUAUUCGCCAAACGUACAUUGGUUCCAUGGAAUUGAUUCUAGCAGUUUACCCUUGCUGGACACUGCAAUGGGAGUUAUUAAGCUAAAUAGCCAUUAACCAUCUCCCUUCCUGGAGCCAGCCCAACCACUGCAGAUUAUUAUGGUAUAUGAGCCGUGUCCUGAUGCUGGCCGACAUCUCAAAUUAAAGCCAGGUAUAGGGUCCUCCGUCUUCCCAUCAUGCACCGUCAUAAGGCGUCGCCCCCGCUGAUUGCGUUAAGUGCGGCGGAAACCGUCCACUGACUUCCAGAACAGAUCGCAGAACGAGGAAGAUUUCUCCAGUUUUUUUUGUUUCUUCCUACCCCCCGGUCUCGUCCCCUCCCCGCUUUCCGUAUUUUUUUUUCACGUUAUCUUAAUCGCUUCAUGUAGAUGUAAUUAUAAUCAUAAACGUCUAACUGUGAGGCUAAAAAGUUGGUUGGGUUGAGUUUUAUCCACAUGGGAAAGGUCCGCUUUGAGCUCCGAAUGAGACCGCUAAACCCAAAGUUAUUUCAAGGGUUUGUAGAGCAGGGUGGGAAGUUCUCAAGCUAGAGAGAGUAUUUUAAGAGGUUAAAGCAACUAUAGCUGUUUAAUACAUCUGGACUGUAAUCUUUAAUUUGGAGUAGAACAUGCAGGCAUGACAUGGGCGGGGGACAUCCUGGUUAUGGCUGUUGGAGUAAGUCCAAAGCAUAACUCCUUGUGCAGCGAGCAGUCAUUUUUGUGAUUUCAUGAUUGCAUCGUUGUUGUUUUUGCAGUUGCAGUUUAAGAGUUUUAACUACUGAUUAAAUAUAAAGCGUUUUUACAGUGUAAAUAAUUACAUUAUCUAGCUAUUAACAUACAUUAUUUAACUAGUUAAAUAUGUAUGAGUCUGCAUUGUGAAUCCCACCAAAGCAAGAACGCAGAGGUGACCUGUAGGCUCCUUCGUCUAAGCGAGUUUCAGCUUGGUCUUGUACAAGAGGCUGUGCCCUAGUAAACGUGGAGACUGGUUGAGCUGUAAGCGGACCCUCGUCCAGCUGUUGUGAACUAGAUACAGGCAGCGAGCGGGUUAAAUCAGAGAGGCUUGGAGCACCGGGACCGUCCUAUCGCUGAGCUCGUGCGCAGUUCCAGCCCACCGCCUUCCUGAGCCUGAGACACGGCGCAUGUGUUUAUCAUUCUCGCCGUCCGUUCCCCGUGAGAAACGACCUGCGAUUGUCGCGACCUGUUGCUCCGUUUCGGAGUAAUUUUGUUGUGGAUAUUCUAAACGGAAACCGUUUUCGGUUUAUCUAUGUUGUGGGUAAACGCGGCAACUGCUUAAAGCAAGACUAUCACUAUUCAACAACCCGAGGAGUGGCCUACUCGGCGCUAGGCUAGUUGCCGGAGACGACCAUGGCCCUGAGCGACCCCAGCGGCGACCCCCUGACCCUCAGCAAUGGAGGGCUCCCCCAGCCCCCGAGAGCCUCCCCCAGCCCCGACGCCCCCAGUGGAGGCCUGCCGGUGGGGGUGGAGGAGCAGGGUGAGGCCCCCUGCAGCUCCUGGACCCAGGAGCCACCGGCGUCCAACCCAGCCAGAGAGCUCCUCUGCCGGGCCCGAGGGAGCCAGAACGGAGGGGUCAAACACAACGGUUCCCUCCGGCCCCCUGCCUCCUCCUCCACGCCCGCCCCCCACCUCGCUGACUCUCAGAGACUUGUUAAGCUCCUCCCCCCUUCCUCCUCUUCCCCUCCCCCUCCUCUCCCUCCCCCCUGCCGUCACCACUGCCCCUUCCACCCCCCUCUCUGCUGCCACAGCAACCAGCAGGAGUGUCUCGUCUUCCACGGCCACGCCCCCGUACCCCCCGGCUCCACUCCUGGACCACCUGGCCCCGCCCUUCACCCUGGCCCCUCCCCCUGUGCCUGUUGUGUGCAGGCGACUCCGCCCCCCUCGCUGUGUCUCCAGCACCAGUGGCAGGAGCACCUGCAGAACCAUGGAGCUGGGAUCAGCCCUGCAAGGCCUUUCCGCUUUCCCAAAAGCUAUGCAGAGCUGAUAGCUGAUUGGCCGGUGGUGGUGCUGGGGGUGUGCACGGUGCUGAUCGUGGUGUGUGCCCUGGUGGGGGUUCUGGUCCCAGAUCUGCCAGACUUUUCUGACCCCUUACUGGGGUUCGAGCCCAGAGGCACUGCCAUUGGCCAGCGUCUGGUCACAUGGAACAACAUGGUGAAGAACACUGGCUACAAGGCCACCCUGGCAAACUACCCCUUCAAAUACGCUGACGAGCAGGCCAAGAGUCACCAGGAGGACCGCUGGGCGGAGGACCACUUUGACCGAGAGAAAAGACAGGCCGAGUGGGACUUCAGCAAAGACAGCUUCUUCUGUGACGUUCCAGGUGACAGGUAUUCCAGGUUGGUGUUCAGCUCUACGGAGGGGAAGAAUCUGUGGAACAUACAAGCCAUCAAGUCAAUGUGCAAUCUGGACAACACACGGGUGCGCUCCCACCCCCAGUACUGGAGCCUGUGCCAGCGCACUAGCGACGCAUCCUGCUGUCCCAGCUGGACCCUGGGGAACUACGUGGCCGUCCUCACCAACAAGUCCUCGUGCCAGAAGAUCACGGAGCGCGACGUUUCCCACACCCUGAAGAUCUUGCGCUCCUGUUCCAAGUUCUACCACAACGCCACGCUGGGCCCAGACUGCUGGGACGCCACCACUCGCAGGAAGGACCAGCUCAAAUGUGCCAACGUCCCCAGGAAGUGCACCAAGUUCAACGCCGUGUACCAGAUCCUCCACUUCCUGGUCGACAAGGACUUCCUGAGCCCCAAGGCCCUGGAGUACGCGCCCCCCCUCCUCAAGUACAGCAUGCUGUUCUCUCCCACGGAGAAGGGAGAGACCAUGAUGAAGAUCUACCUGGACAACUUUGAGAAGUGGAACGCCUCAGAUGGAGUCACCACGGUCACAGGGAUUGAGUUUGGGAUCAAACACGACCUGUUCCAGGACUACCUGUUGACGGACACGGUGUAUCCGGCCAUCGCCAUCGUCAUCGUCCUGGUGGUCAUGUGCGUGUACACGCGCUCGGUCUUCAUCACCUUCAUGACGAUGAUCGCCAUCAUCAGCUCCCUCAUCGUGUCCUACUUCCUGUACCGGAUGGUGUUUGACUUUGAGUUCUUCCCCUUCAUGAAUCUGACGGCCCUGAUCAUCCUGGUGGGGAUCGGCGCGGACGACGCCUUCGUCCUCUGCGACAUCUGGAACUACACCAAAUGCGACAAGCCCAACCAGGAGCUGUCAGAGACGGUGAGCAUCACCCUCCAGCACGCCGCCCUGUCCAUGUUCGUCACCAGCUUCACCACGGCCGCCGCCUUCUAUGCCAACUACGUCAGCAACAUCACCGCCAUCCGCUGUUUCGGCGUCUACGCCGGAACCGCAAUCCUGGUCAACUACAUCCUGAUGGUCACCUGGCUGCCCGCCGUGGUGGUUCUCCACGAGCGCUACAUCCCCAGCCUGUUCCCCUGCUCCCAGCCCCCCCAGCAGGGGGCGCUGCCCACACACUCCCUGUGGUACGGCCUCUGCCAGCGGGCCAGCAGCUGCCUGUUCACCAUGUCCGAAGCCUCGCGGAUCUUCUUCGAGAAGGUGCUGCCGUGCAUCGUCAUCAAGCUGCGCUACCUGUGGCUCUUCUGGUUCCUGGCCUUCACGGUAGGGGGGGCCUAUGUGGUGUGCGUCGACCCCAAGAUGAAGCUGCCCUCGCUGGAGUUGGCCGAGUUCCAGGUGUUCAGGUCCUCGCACCCCUUUGAGCGCUACGAUGCCGAGUUCAAGAAGCUCUUCAUGUUUGAGAGAGUCCACCACGGGGAAGAUCUGCACAUGCCCAUCACCAUCAUCUGGGGCGUGACGCCCGUGGACAACGGAGAUCCUCUGAACCCCAAGAACAAGGGCAGGCUAGUCCUGGACGGCGGCUUCAACAUCGCCAGCCCCGCUUCACAGACCUGGAUCCUGAACUUCUGCCAGAAGCUGAGGAACCAGAGCUUUGUGUUCCAGUCCGAGGAGCAGGACUUUACCAGCUGCUUCAUCGAGACCUUCAAGCAGUGGAUGGAGAACCAGGACUGCGAGGAGGCGUCCGUCUACCCCUGCUGCAGCCAGUCCACCUUCCCCUACAAGCAGGAGGUGUUCCAGCUGUGCAUCAAGAGGGCCAUCAUGGAGCUGGACCGCAGCACCAUCUACCACCUGGACAGCAAGACCCCCGGGCCACGCUUCGAUAUCAACGACACCAUACGCUCCAUCGUGCUGGAGUUCCAGAGCACCUUUCUCUUCACGCUGGCCUAUGAGAAGAUGCAUCAGUUCUACAGCGAGGUGGACUCCUGGAUCCAGGAGGAGCUGAAGGGAGCGCCGGCGGGGUUGCGGCACGGCUGGUUCGUCAGCAACCUGGAGUUCUACGACCUGCAGGACAGCCUGUCCAACGGCACGCUCAUCGCCAUGGCGCUGUCGGUGGUGGUGGCGUUCAGCGUGAUGCUUCUGACCACCUGGAACAUCAUCAUCAGCCUCUACGCCAUCCUCUCCAUCGCCGGGACCAUCUUCGUCACCGUAGGCUCGCUGGUGCUGCUGGGCUGGGAGCUCAACGUGCUGGAGUCUGUCACCAUCUCGGUGGCCGUGGGGCUGUCGGUGGACUUCGCCGUGCACUACGGCGUGGCGUACCGCCUCGCCCCGGAGCCCGACCGCGAGGGCAAGGUCGUCUUCUCGCUCAGUCGCAUGGGAUCCGCCAUCGCCAUGGCAGCGCUCACCACCUUCGUCGCCGGGGCGAUGAUGAUGCCUUCGACCGUGCUGGCGUACACCCAGCUGGGCACCUUCAUGAUGCUCAUCAUGUGCAUCAGCUGGGCCUUCGCCACCUUCUUCUUCCAGUGCAUGUGCCGCUGCCUGGGGCCCCAGGGCACCUGCGGACAGAUCCCCCUCCCCAAGAGGCUCCGGUGCCAGGCCUUCGCUCAGGGCACCGCCAACACGCCCUCCCCCCAGCGCAAGAGCUCCGGCCCGGGGAAGUACCACCUGGACGGGCGGGGCGGAGAUGUGGAGCACCACGAGCUGGAGCCCCUGGCCUCCCAGGGCGAGGAGAAGGCCUCGGAGGAGCAGGAAGCCGGCAGCCAGCUGUACAACGGACUGGCCCCGCACCCUGCCCCCUGCUCACACACACCUUCCACAGGCAAGGAGGUGAGUAGAAGAGGGGAUCCCUGUCAGGAGAAUACUCUGGCCUCAGACCUCCCUCCCUGGCCCCUGUACCCCCACCACCCCGCCUGUACCUGUGACAAACCACCGCAUUCCCACCCUCAGCAGGCCUCGGCCACGCCCUGGAUACCGACUACCUGCUCCGCCACCCCAGGAGCCCCCCAGGAGCCCUCCUGCCCCACGUCCCAGUUCCCCCUCUCGGCCAGCCAUGGCCAGGGGCCGCCCUCAGUGGCAGACCCGGUCUACAGGCCCAUGGAGUGCCACAUGCACUACGUCCACUGCCCCCCAGCCCACUUCCACCCCUAUCCCCAGACCAGAGUGCCCAGACCAGGGCCUCCUCACAGCUGUCACCUCCAGAAGUACUGUGACCACACCCGCCUCCAGGUCCCCCAGCCCCAGGAGUCCGCUGGGGACACAGACACCUCCAUCCUGGAGGAGAGCCUCGUGUCUGGAGGCCCCUGCACCUACUGCCCCCCCUCCCUUCCACACACCUAUGGAGCCCACACACACCCUGGGCCUUGCCCAGCCAGACCCAGCUCCCCAGGCAGGGAGGAGAGGUGCCCAGCUGGGGGAGCUGGGGCGCGGCUCAGUGGGGACACCAAGGGGUCCGCCGUGGUACCAAGCGAGGCUUGUUGUCAGAUACCAGGCAGCCAGGACGAGCCUGACCCUGUGACCACGGUGCGGGACAACAGAGUAAACAGGAAGUGGAAACAGAAACCCAGGAAGGAAAAGGCGAACUCUUCUAAGAAACUCUUCUGUUUUAACAGGACUUUGAAAGUCAAGUGCAACGUGCCAAAAACAGAAGCCAGCGUGCCUGCUCUCGCCAUCAACUCCAAACCCUCCACUGAGAGUUUGUGCUGACAGCAAAGAAAACGAAAAACAUUUUAUCAAAAAUUUUAUCGAAAGAAUAUACAGAGCGUCCGACCACAUCAAGAUAUCAUGUCCGUCCUCAUCCCUGAUCAGUCAGGAAUCAGCGACCUGUCUUUGUCCCAAGUGCCUCAUCAUGUGUCCUGAGUCAUCCUGUCGCCCAGCUAGUUGUGUUGACACUCUUCUCCAGGUGCUGCUGUGUAUUCUGGAUUACCUGUCUGAGGCCAUUCAUUUUUUUUUUUUCAUGUUGCCUCUCACCUCAGAGCCCAUAUGAAAGAUGUGCUGUAUAAUUAUAAAGUCAUUUAAAAACGGC